AUGAAGUACACCAAUGCUCGGGGCUUUUCGCCAAGCCCAGAACCCCCACCGGCUCUGUUCGUACGGGCCAUGUACGAUUAUGAUGCAGACGACCACACCAGUCUUAGUUUCCGGCGAGGUGAUAUUAUCCAGGUUCUCAACCAGCUCGAGACCGGCUGGUGGGACGGUGUCAUCAAUGGCAAGGUUCGAGGCUGGUUUCCUAGCAAUUACUGUUCAGUCGAAAACGAGAUGAGUGAACUGGAUGACGAGAACUCGCACGCCCACGAAGAAGCGGACAUGAGUGCCACCGAAUCAGGCAUGGAGGAGGCCGACGAGGACCAAGAUGAGGACGAUGCCGACUCAACCGGGAACCCGCGCGAUUCGCAGCCGAUUUUGCCCAUUGAGGGUGUUGGUGGUGCUUCCAGCGAGCAGGAAGAGGCCGCCUUUUGGAUUCCCCAGGCCACACCAGAUGGUCGUCUGUUCUAUUUUAACACUCUCACUGGCUACAGUACCAUGGAGUUGCCGUUUGAGAAUCCUAUGGUGACUGAUGAGUCUGGUCCGCACGACCGCACGAACUUCUCCGUGCCUGACCAGUCCCGUCCACCGCCAGAGAUGAUGGCACGUGGUUUUGAGCGCGACGAGGAUGACUACGAUGGUUCCGCAUCUGAAGCGGAGGGUGAAUCUUUAUUGUUGGCUUCUCACGACUCCAUGUCGCGCAGACGCCGUUCUUUUAUUGAUGGCGUGUCUCCCGCCACCUCCAUGGACUCGUUGCAUCCUCCGUCGGCCGCCAAAUCCAUCAAUGGCGCCAGUCGCAACAGCCCCCAGAAGGGUUAUGGUAUUGCGACCUCCACCAACAACUACUCUGGCCUAGACCAGUUCCCUCGACUCUCGAUUUCGGUCGAUGCUCGACCACGCUUUGCAGACGACGGUUAUUCGCACCUCACCUGGCCGCUACUGGUCGAUAACAUGCGUCACGCUAUUGACGCCUAUCGACAAGCACUUCUCAAUGGCGACCGCUCGGAGUAUGUGAGACGAGCUGAAGAUAUCUCGGAUCACCUUCGCAUGCUGCUGGCCGCAGGAUCGGACACUACGGACAACCACUCAGGAAACCCGUCUAUCAUCUCGACGAACAAGGCCUUGUACCCCCACUUCCGGGAUAUGAUGUCCAAAUUCUCCAAGCUGGUUCUCUCUUCGCAUAUUGCGGCGGCUGAUUGGCCUGGCCCAGAUUCCGUUAACAAAUGCCUUCAGGAGGCUGAUGGUGUCCUGCAUGGUGUUUACGGCUAUGUUGACGUAGCACGUCAGCAGCGGGGAGACUCGAUCAAUCGCAUCGUUCCCGGUUUCAUGAUGGGUACUGGCUCUGGCGGUUUCUGGCAGAACAAUGGGGUUUCUGUGAGCGAGUCCGGUCCUACCUCUUUCUUGGACCAGGACGGUAGUGAUGCUCGAGUGGAGCCAUCCGUGACCCUUGAUGCGGCGCAUCUAGAUCAUAUUGACAUCCUCCGUCGGUCUUUUGUUGGCAGUAUCCGUCGACUCGAGGAGCGAUUGACCCUUAGUCAGAGGAAGGUUGUGACUGCCACAGAGCAGCAAUCCAUUGGCGAAUCAGUCGCUGCCGCCGCAAUCAAGGUUGUGGAGCAAUUCCGUCCCUGGCUCUCUGCGGUCGAGUCGUGUAACCUAGCACCCUUGGGUUCUAGCUACCAAAGCAAUCCGCAAUUGGUAGACUUUAGCUUACAGAAACAGAGAGUCUACGAUGCCAUUGCGGAUUUUGUUCUGGGCUGCCAAGCCGUAUCCGCGCCACUGGGUGAUGAGUGGGCGGAGCUGCGUGGUGAUUCGCUCGAAGAUCGCCUGACUGCUGUCCGGAGCAUCUCCAGACAACUCGAAAACUUCGUUUCGCAGAUCGGAUUCUCGCUGUCGCUGCUUCUCGAGCAGGUUCCCGAGCCGACUUCGACCCUCCGCAGCGACAGUCGCCUGGGUGGCGGGAAUGAGCCUUUCAUGGGCAAUGGCGUGCGUAGCCGGGCCAACUCGCAGGCAAAUGUCCACCAAUCGGCGUUUCCGAUAGACGAUGGCUCUGAGAAGGUGCGGCGCAAUAGGGACAAAGCCCAGAGAUUUUUUGGCCAAGCUCCGCCGGCCGCAAUCCCUCGCGAACCGAUUCGUGAGCCCGCCAGCGCACCAGAAGAAACUCCUUGGUUCUUGAAGAUAGACCAUGAGGGUGAAGUAUUCUACGACACCAAGAACGAUGUGCCAACAUUGAAGUGCGGAACUCUGGCUGGAUUGGUCGAGCAUCUGACUCGCCAUGACAAACUGGACGCGUCAUUCAACAACACGUUCCUUCUCACCUAUCGUUCGUUUACGUCCGCUUCCGAACUUUUCGAGAUGAUGGUGCAACGCUUUAACAUUCAGCCCCCAUUUGGCUUGAAUGACGAGGAGAUGCAGCUUUGGGUUGACAGAAAGCAGAAGCCGAUUCGCUUCCGUGUGGUCAACAUCAUGAAGAGCUGGUUCGAGCAUUUCUGGACGGAACCGAAUGACGACUUCAACAUGGAUAUCCUACGCCGCGUUCAUGCCUUCACGAAGGAUUCCAUCACUACUACCAAGACCCCUGGUUCGCCUCAACUGAUGUCGGUCAUUGAGCAGCGCUUGCGUGGUCAGGAUACCACCGCGAAACGGUUAGUCCCGACGCAGGCCACCGCUGCUCCGACUCCGAUUAUCCCCAAGAACAUGAAGAAGCUGAAAUUCUUGGACAUUGACCCCACGGAAUUUGCUCGUCAACUCACUAUUAUCGAGUCGCGUCUCUAUUCCAAGAUUCGGCCGACUGAGUGUUUGAACAAAACGUGGCAGAAGAAGAUCGCGACCAAUGAGGCGGAGCCUGCUGCUAAUGUCAAGUCUCUGAUUCUCCAUUCGAAUCAGUUGACCAACUGGGUGGCAGAGAUGAUUCUCACGCAAACUGAUGUCAAGAAGCGUGUGGUGGUGAUCAAGCACUUCAUCACCGUUGCAGAUAAAUGCCGUCAAUUCAACAACUUCUCUACAUUGACCUCCAUCAUCUCUGCUCUCGGAACGGCGCCUAUUCAUCGUCUUGGUCGGACAUGGUCCCAGGUCAGCGGUCGUACGUCUGCUGUUCUCGAACAGAUGCGCAGACUUAUGGCAAGCACGAAGAACUUUGGCGAGUAUCGUGAGACAUUGCAUCUUGCUAACCCGCCCUGCAUUCCGUUCUUCGGUGUGUACUUGACCGACUUGACUUUCAUUGAGGAUGGUAUUCCAUCUCUCACGCCUUCGGAAUUGAUCAACUUCAACAAGCGCGCCAAGACAGCUGAAGUCAUCCGAGACAUUCAACAAUACCAGAACAUCCCGUAUCUGUUGACGGCAGUACCUGAGCUGCAGGACUACAUUCUUAGCAAUUUACAAGCGGCGGGCGAUGUGCAUGAUAUGUACGACCGGAGUCUUGAGCUGGAACCUCGAGAGCGCGAGGAUGAGAAGAUCGCAAGACUAUUGUCUGAGUCCGGGUUCCUGUAA